CACCUCUGUAUAAAAAAAGAAGUGACUUUUAGUUAGCAUUGUAUUGCACUUCACACACAUUGAAAAUGAAAGCUGUAUAUUUGUGCCUUUUUUUAAUUUUACUAGUUACCUAUAUGGCAACAACGGAACAGGAACAUCAAAAACAAAGAGCACCCACACUAUCCAAUGUGAUGAAGAACAAGUUGCAGAUUGGACCAGAAGCUAGGGAUGUUAGCAAACUGGGUGGCGACCUUCAAAAUAUAUGCCAGUAUAAGAACUAUUAUGAAUGUACGACCGAGACAUGUCAAAACUGCUGCAGAAAUCUCGGCCUGAGGGGUGGUACAUGUGAUAUUUUAUUCGGAAUUAUUUGUCAUUGUAAUGUUGCUGAGAAAGGAGUUCGUAUCACACACAACUGAACUUAAUCUAUGGUACAGACAAAUAUACAAUCCAACAAAAUAAUUUUGGUUCAAAACUUUUUUGAGUUUAUGAGCUGAUUUUUAUCCAUUUUUAUGUGCUGGUAUAAUACAAAUAAUAUUAUUGGCCACCUUAUACAAAUAACGAUGUUAAUGUUUACAUUACUGAAUAGAGAAUUGAAUAACCUUUCAAUUGAGCUAGCACACGACCAGUAUUUUCAUUUCAAAAUUCAUUUUAUUUAAACUAUAUAAAAACUGUUAAAUUAAAAAAAUCCCAAAAUUUAAUAAAACAAAUACAGAGUAAGUGUGAAGAAAUGCUAGGUGAUACAACAUAAUAAGCGUCAUAUUUGGAUUAAUCACCCUAAAAACAAAAGAAUAACAUUCAAAAAAAAAUUUUUUUUCAUCGUUGGCCUUUGUAAUUGGUUAAGUGCGUAUAUGUAUUUAGCAAUUUUUCUUGGUAUGGUAGCAGUACCAUUUUUGACCCAUGACAAAGUGUUUUUGAUAAUUUUGUGAAUAAUAUGUAACUUUUUAAAUAAAAUUCAGGUACUAAUAUUAAAGAUAUAUAUUUUUAUUUGUAAAAAAAAUAAAUAUACAAUUUAAUA